CUGAGUGUGCAGGAACGUUCCAGGGAAGAAGAGUGUGAGCGAGGAGGUGCCACCUCCAGCCUGAGCUCCUCGGACAGGACUGCUGCUGUGUCUCUGCUGCCCAUUGCCCUGAUCCCGAGUAUAUAGAGUCGCUCAUCUAACAACAUGGAUUGGGGAACCCUUUAUGAAGUCAUUGGAGGAGUCACCAAACAUUCCACCAGCAUUGGCAAGAUAUGGCUCUCGGUGCUAUUUAUAUUUCGAAUUAUGAUCCUGGUGGUGGCUGCAGAGAGUGUAUGGGGGGACGAACAAGCUGAUUUCACCUGCAACACUUUGCAGCCUGGGUGCAAAAAUGUCUGCUAUGACCACCACUUCCCAGUGUCCCACAUCAGGCUCUGGUGCCUUCAGCUAAUUUUUGUGUCCACUCCAGCACUGCUGGUUGCAAUGCACGUGGCCUACGUGAAACAUGAGGAGAAAAAUAAAUUGCGUAGGAAGGGACCAUGCGAUGCCAAGGACCUGGAGGACAUAAAACAGCGGAAAGUUAAGAUAGUGGGCACGCUAUGGUGGACCUAUACCAUCAGUAUCAUGUUCAGAAUCAUCUUCGAAGCUGCGUUCAUGUAUCUCUUCUAUUUCCUCUACACCGGCUACCAUAUGCAACGCCUCGUUAAAUGCAGCGACGACCCUUGCCCAAACGUGGUUGAUUGUUUCAUUUCUAGGCCCACAGAAAAGACCGUAUUUACCUUCUUCAUGAUUGCUGUGUCUGGCAUUUGUAUGGUACUCAAUGUGGCGGAAUUGUGUUAUCUCAUCAUCAAGGCAUCUUUGAGAAGGUCCAGGAGGAAAUUGAAGAAGCAUACCAACCACAUCAAUGACAAGGAGGAGAAGCAGAACAUGAUGAAUGAGCACAAGGAACAGUGAUCUACAAACCCAAAUGAAUGUGUCAAUAUUGAGAUUUUUCUCCAACCAUUCCUGCCAUUUGCCAAGCUGAAAUAUGCAAGGACAAGAAAUAAUUCUUUAACAUGGUAGACAUGCAUAUAAUAGUUUUGACAUAAAAGUUAAAUGGAAAAAAAUAAUAAUUAAUGACAUGAAUUAUAAUAGAAGACUUUUAGAUCCUGUGUAACAUGACGCAGGAUGUGCUAAACUGGAAAUCAAUAGCAUCUUCUAAUAUGUUUUACAAGUCUUUUGGUUGGCUUGUCUUUGGUAUUUAUGUUACACAAAGAGAGAUUUGUUACUGUAUGUGAAUUUUUGAGUGCAUCAACCAAUGUAUUUUCUUAGGGUACCAUGAAACACUGCCAAUUUUCUCAUCAAGAGAAAGACCAUCAGCUGUGUGCAAUGAGGUGGGAGCUGCGAAAUCUGCAGUGUCCAUUUGUGAGGAUUACUUUUUACAUUGUCUCUUGAAUAUUCUGCAUAUGUUCUACAAAACAGUUACUAGUAUUAAUGUUUUCAUCAAUGUAAAAUACUUGCACUAACAUGACAUUGCCAGGAUCGCUAGGAUUAGCCUAAUCCUACCCUGGAACGGCCUCUGUGACAAAUAUCAGUGGAUAUAAACUUUAAUGCUGCCUUCAGAAUACACUGCUGCCUUAGUGGACCCUGGCAGUACAGGAGUUAACACUUUAUUACACAAGUAUGAACUUGAAAGUAUGAAUCUAAUGACACAGCUAAUAUGCAAUGAGAGCUUAUGUGCACCUAGUGUACAUGCUUUUAUUUAGUUAUACAGCUGAAAUGUUUCUUCCACUAUGAGAUCUGAAAAAGAACUGCAAAUGAAGGACACGCCAGCACCGAUACUGGACACCGAUAUUUCUCCUGUUUGGAGAUAGAGGUUGUGAAACGUACGUCAGUGGGAUCAGCUGUAUUUCUAGCAUUUGGUCACUAGAGGGCGCGCUGAAUGUACAAAUGUCAGAAUGUAAAACUUUUUUAUUGUGAUUUAGUUUGAAUAAAUGAUUUGUACUAUUAUAUUUUU